CCCCACCAGAGGAAGUGGGGAGAAAUGCCAGGUGCAGAGGCAGCCAGCAGAGCCAUGGACAAGGAAUACGUGGGCUUUGCUGCCCUCCCCAACCAGCUGCACCGCAAGUCUGUCAAGAAGGGGUUUGACUUCACACUCAUGGUGGCAGGGGAGUCAGGCCUGGGGAAGUCCACCCUCAUCAACAGCCUGUUCCUCACCAACCUUUAUGAGGACCGGCAGGUGCCAGAUGCCAGCGCUCGCACCAAACAAACUCUGACCAUUGAGCGCCGGGGUGUGGAGAUCGAGGAGGGAGGUGUUAAGGUGAAGCUGACCUUGGUGGACACGCCUGGCUUUGGGGACUCUGUGGACUGCUCAGACUGCUGGCUGCCCGUGGUUCGCUUCAUCGAGGAGCAGUUUGAGCAAUACCUCAGGGACGAGAGUGGCCUGAACAGGAAGAACAUCCAGGAUUCCAGAGUCCACUGCUGCCUCUACUUCAUCUCACCGUUCGGCAGAGGGCUCCGGCCCCUAGAUGUGGCGUUUCUCCGGGCGGUGCACGAGAAAGUCAAUAUCAUCCCAGUCAUCGGCAAAGCAGAUGCCCUGAUGCCCAGGGAAACGCAGGUCCUCAAGCAGAAGAUCCGGGACCAAUUGAAAGAGGAGGAGAUCAACAUCUAUCAGUUCCCAGAGUGUGACUCUGAUGAAGAUGAAGAAUUCAAGAAGCAGAAUGAAGAGAUGAAGGAAAACAUCCCUUUCGCAGUCGUGGGGUCGUGCGAAGUGGUGAGGGAUGGAGGAGCCCGGCCAGUGAGGGGCCGCCGUUACUCCUGGGGUACCGUGGAGGUGGAGAACCCGCAUCACUGCGAUUUCCUGAACCUGAGGCGGAUGCUGGUGCAGACCCACCUUCAGGACUUGAAGGAGGUGACCCACGACCUGCUCUACGAGGGCUACCGGGCUCGCUGCCUACAGAGUUUGGCUCGUCCUGGGGCCCGGGAUCGAGCCAGCCGUAGCAAGCUUUCCCGGCAGAGUGCCACAGAGAUCCCGCUGCCCAUGCUGCCUUUGGCCGACACGGAGAAGUUGAUUCGCGAGAAGGACGAAGAGCUGCGCCGCAUGCAAGAAAUGCUGGAGAAGAUGCAAGCCCAGAUGCAGCAGAGCCAGGCUCAGGGCGACCAGAACGACGCGCUGUGAUAGCCUCGCCCUCCCCUAGCCCUAUCUGCUCUCCGCCCAUCUCCCGUCCUAUCCCGGCUCUGGGCUGCCCAGUGCCCAAUCCGGAGACCCGGAGGUUAGGCCCGCCCUUGCACUUGAAACAGGUCCCUCCAAUCCCACUCCGCCUUCUGCACCGUUCUGAGAAGACCGGCCCUCCUAACGCCUGUCGGAGGGCUCCACUUUGGGGUCCUCCAAGUUCUCAUCUAAUAAAAAGCGGUUUCUCCCCUCC